GCAUCUCGUCAAUAAUGGGUGACGGCUGGGGGCUGUGGCUCCAUGCUUAUAUAAGCAAGGCCGUUCAAUUCUUUUCCACAAAUUCCCCGGCGAUUGUGAUUCAGAAUCUAAGCAAAGCCCUUUUCUCUUUUCUCUUUUUUCGGUCCAAGAGAAUUUAAGCUAUUCGUUCUUUUGUUCAUAUCAAAAUGAGAAUCCAACGCGUCGAAGCCUACCACAAUGGAGCGACCAAAUCUUCAAUGCUCAAUUGCAUCGACCUCUCUGAUCCUGACAUCGACAAAUCUGUUAAUUUGCUCAAACAGGCAUGCUUGGAUUCUGGGUUUUUCUACGUUGUGAACCACGGAAUAAGCCAGGAUUUCAUGGACGAGGUUUUUGCCCAGAGCAAGAAAUUUUUCGGUCUUCCGCUGAAGGAGAAAACUAAGCUUCUUAGGAAUGAAAAACAUCGGGGAUAUACUCCUGUUCUUGAUGAACUACUUGAUCCUGAGAACCAAGUACAUGGAGAUUACAAAGAAGGAUAUUAUAUUGGAGUUGAAGUAUCCAAGGAUGACCCAGAAUCGCAGAAACCAUUUUAUGGGCCAAACCAAUGGCCUGCAUCUGAUAUUCUACCUGGAUGGAGAGGAACAAUGGAAAAAUAUCAUCAAGAGGCAUUAGAAGUGGGUAGAGCCGUCGGAAGAAUAAUAGCCCUUGCCCUUGGUUUGAGUGCUGAUUUCUUUGAUAAGCCAGAAAUGCUAGGAGAGCCAAUAGCGACUUUACGCCUGCUACACUAUGAAGGUCAAACCUCAAAUCCCUCCCAAGGAUUAUAUGGAGCUGGAGCUCAUACUGACUAUGGUCUGAUUACUCUGUUGGCGACUGAUGAUGUACCAGGUCUUCAAAUAUGCAAAGAUAGGGAUGCUAAACCUAUGAUAUGGGAGGAUGUGGCGCCCUUAAAGGGGGCAUUUAUAGUGAAUCUUGGAGACAUGCUGGAGCGUUGGAGCAACUGUAUUUUCAAGUCCACAUUGCACAGAGUUCUAGGAAAUGGUCAAGAAAGAUACUCUAUGGCUUACUUUUUGGAGCCGAGUCAUGAUUGUCUAGUAGAGUGCUUGCCAACUUGCAAAUCAGAAAGUAACCCUUCCAAGUUCCCUCCCAUUUUAUGCAAGGAUUACGUUAGCCAGCGGUACAAGGACACUCAUGCUGAUUUAAGCAUAUAUAAGAAACAGUAAGCUUAAAUGCUAGCAUCUUUGGCCUUUAUGGUGAGCUGAAAAAAGUGUUACGUUGAGUUUCAAGAGUUCAAAUGCUGGUACUAAUAAGGAGAAGCUGAAGAAACAGUAAGCUUGUGUUGUCAUUUGAGCUCUGCAGGCUGGAGUUUUGUCUUAGGAAAAGUGGCUGAUAACUGAUUUUCUCCCAACAAGUACUUUGUACUAGGAGCAUUAGCAUUAUAAGCUAAGACUUAGUUCAGUAGCUACAGCACAAGGAGUAGAUUAGGCUGAUAAUAUCAAAGAUCAUAUCACUCGUUAUAGGAUAUGAACAUUCACUGUUCAAUUCUAUUGACAUUUCACCCUACACUAAAUUACUUGACAAUACCAUCUCCUCACUCCCCACUUCUCAUUCA